AUCGGAAUUACAGAGAGAGAGUUCAAUUCGCAGAACUCGAAGAAGACGAUCAUGGAGGAUGAAGCCAAUAUUUACGACGGCUUGCGAGCCCAGUUUCCUCUUUCGUUCGGCAAGCAAUCCACCGCUCCGGCGCAGCUCGAGGCCCUCCACAACGCUACCCGCCGCGCCGACGCCGAUUCCGAUGCCGCCGCCAUCGCCGGAACCUCUACGGAUUCCGUCCUGAAGAAAGCUUCUUCUGGCAAACCCGAGUCCAGCUUCUCUUCUCUGUCUUCGUUCUCUGAACCCUGGCUCAGAACUGUUCGUGGUCCUGAUCGUAACCCUAGCUCUAGUUCCGGUGCUGGAUCUAGCUCCACUUUACCUCCUCACGGAGACGAUGUAGCUGUUGGACCGCCGCGGCCUCCACCUGAGCUCACGGAGGAGGAAGAGCAGGACGACGACGGGGUUAUGGUGGGACCACCUCCGCCGCUGCCGAAGGGGUCGGAUAAUGACGGUGACUCUGAUGAAGACGGUGCAACAAUCGGUCCUCCGCCACCUCCGGCGGGAUCUUCUGUUGGAGAUUCGGAUGACGAUGACGACGGCGAUGAUGCUGACGAGGACGAGGAGAACCGGUAUCGGAUUCCGAUGAGCAACGAAAUUCAACUCAAGGGCCACACCAAGGUUGUUUCAGCUCUCGCUGUGGAUCAUGCCGGAGCUAGGGUUCUUUCAGGAAGCUAUGACUACACUGUGCGUAUGUAUGACUUCCAAGGGAUGAAUUCCCGGCUGCAGUCCUUUAGACAGAUUGAACCCUUUGAGGGUCAUCAAGUUCGCAGCUUGAGCUGGAGUCCCACUUCUGGUCAAUUUCUCUGUGUUACUGGCUCUGCACAAGCUAAGAUUUAUGAUCGUGAUGGUCUUACCCUUGGCGAGUUUGUUAAAGGGGACAUGUACAUUCGUGAUCUGAAGAACACCAAAGGCCAUAUCUGCGGAUUAACUUGCGGAGAAUGGCAUCCUAAGACUAAGGAAACUAUUCUCACGUCUUCAGAAGACGGGUCAUUGCGUAUAUGGGAUGUUAACAACUUCAACAGCCAGAAGCAGGUUAUUAAGCCAAAGCUUGCAAGGCCUGGUAGGGUUCCUGUUACCACCUGUGCUUGGGACCGUGAUGGAAAAUGUAUUGCCGGUGGCAUAGGAGAUGGAUCUGUACAGAUUUGGAAUCUGAAGCCGGGAUGGGGAAGCAGACCGGAUAUAUAUGUGGAAAAAGCACACACGGACGAUAUAACUUCUGUGAAGUUCUCUAGCGACGGUAGAAUUCUUUUAUCUAGAAGUUUUGACGGAUCUCUCAAGGUCUGGGACUUGCGCCAGAUGAAACAAGCUCUGAAGGUGUUUGAGGGUCUACCAAACAAUUACGCCCAAACUAACGUAGCAUUCAGUCCGGAUGAGCGACUCAUCCUGACCGGAACAUCCAUCGAGAAAGGUGGCACAACUGGAGGCCUUCUCUGCAUUUUCGACCGUACAAAACUUGAUCUCGUUCAAAAGGUUGGAAUAUCCCCGACUUCCAGUGUUGUCCAAUGCUCUUGGCACCCGAGGUUGAACCAGAUAUUUGCAACAUCUGGAGACAAAAGCCAAGGGGGAACACACGUACUGUAUGAUCCGACACUUAGUGAAAGAGGGGCUCUCGUCUGUGUUGCACGUGCACCGAGGAAGAAAUCAGUAGACGAUUACCAGCCAGCGCCAGUUAUCCACAAUCCGCAUGCACUGCCUUUGUUCAGAGACCCACCAAGCCGGAAGCGUCAGAGAGAGAAGAUACUGAAGGACCCUUUCAAGGCUCACAAGCCUGAGAUUCCAAUCACGGGUCCCGGCCAUGGUGGAAGAGUCGGCACAACCAGUGGAAGCUUACUAACGCAGUACCUUCUCAAGCAAGGAGGAAUGAUAAAGGAGACAUGGAUGGAGGAAGAUCCGAGAGAAGCAAUCUUGAAAUACGCAGAAGUUGCGGCCAAAGACCCAAAGUUCAUAGCACCCGCGUAUUCUCAGACCCAGCCUCAACCCAUUUUUGCCAAGUCCGAUGAUGAAAACGAAGACGAAAACCAAGAAAACAAGUAGUUGGAGAGGUUUUUACUUUUGCUUGUGCCCGGAGAAAAAACAUCAGUAAAAAAGGUCUGUAUCAUACUUAUAAUUAGGUUAGUAGAUUGAUCUAUAAUUACCGAUAAGGGGGGAAAUAUUUUUUAAACUUUCAGACAUGUGCCGGCUUCCGAAUUCCAACAUAAAGACUAGUACUUCUAA